UGAAGAAGAGCGCGCAAGAGCAGAAAGUGUGAAGAAAAUAAGCGUUAAAAUUUCAUAAUGAUGGACAAAAAAGAAUAUUUCAUGAAGAACAUUGAAGAUCUAAGUGGUUCGUUUAUUUUAAUAUUAGCGGUUUUUGUAGGAGUUUGCCUUGGAUGGUUUCUCAGAGGACUAAGGUCAAAAGGAAACAGUGAUCAAGAGGUAUGCUAUAAAAUGGCCUAAACUUUAGUAAUUCCAUUGUUGAUUAUUUGAGUUAUUCCAAACUCUUAUCGACACUGUGUGUUUUAUGAUUAUUCUUUUUUAAGUUAACAUAUCCUUUGUUAUUGUACAGAACUUGUUUUAAAAUUUUUUUUUUACACCACAGGCAACCCAGGUAUAUUAAUUAGUAAUGUUCAGUAACACAAUACUGUAAUAUAAAUACAAUGUGGUCUAAAAAUGAAGUUGGGAUAAAUGCUGUGAUUUUCAUUCUUUUCACCCAUCAUAAUUUUAAGCUGUACCUUGAAUGGAGAACAAUGAAGAAUGAACAAUGCCAUUCUGCAUUCUGCGUUCUGCUAAAUGCCCCUGCCCAAGAUGCCAUCCUUUGUUGAUUUACACUUUGGAGGCUUUCUCUUUUCAGUACUUACCCUCCCUGGCCUCCACGCUACCCCCCCUCCCCCCAUGUCUGCCCCCCCUUACUCAGACCUACUCAGACUCAUCAUAACAGGAAUUCAAAGAUAUAUUUCCAGGACACAAGCAAGUUUCAGAUGGAAAAAAGCUGAAGUGAAACUCAUUUCUGACAUGCAAGGCAAAUAAUAGCCUGAGAAAACAGAAAUUUUGCAAUGCCACAAGGGAAACCACUGGUGGCAUCAAAAAGUGUCAUCUGUUUUGUCAGGCUAAGCAAAUAAUAUUAUAAGUAAACUCACCCACAGAGCUCAAAGUGAUUGCAAUACAACCAUUAGUUUUGUCUAAACUGCCAGCCAUCUCUUUGUCCCAUACCCCCAAUUGGCAGAAAGGCAUUCAGGGAGAGGGAGGGCAAAGAGAUGGCUGACAUCUCAGUCUGUACAAGAAACAUGCUUUUUACAUUAUUAUCUUCCUGAUUGUUCUAGUCUGUAACCUCAGUGUCAGAUGGAUUUGGAGAAUUUAAAAUGGUUUUAGUUGUCAGGCAAGAUCUUGGAAUGGGCAAAGGAAAAAUAGCUGCACAAGUAGGUAAACUGAAACCAACUGGUUAAAAUCCUUACCUCAGCUGAUGGUACAGGAUGUAAUCAAAAUAUUAAUUUCUAUGCCAGAUACAUGUAACAGUGCAUCGCAGGCACAAGAACAAAAGCUUGGUUCUCAUACAAUUAUCCAGAUUGAAUUGAAUACCCAAGUUGUCUCAAAAUGUGUUAACUUGUCAGAUCAAGAUGGUCUUAUGGAAAUGUUGUAAUUCCAUAUUUUUAUUAUCUUGCUUUAAAAUUUAUUUCCCUUUUUUUUGGAAUGGAACAAAAGGCUGUGUCCUAAUGAAACUUGAAAGGAGCCCAGUGCUCUGAACCUGUGCAAUCCAAGGUGCCUAGCAUAUGGUUUCUAUGAAUAAGAUUUUCUAGUCACCAGGUAGCAAAAGUUAGUGCCUUGGUAAGAUAAUGAGACUGAAACAACAGAAAAUGAAAUUUAAACUAAGGAUAAAAUUGAAUCAAAACAGAAACAUCUCUGAUGAUGUGUAAGGUGAUCCAAAUGAUUGGAGUGAUUUCAGGACUUUAUCUUAGAAGAACUGAAAGCUAUACAUAGGCUAGUUUUUAUUUCAUCAUCUGGAUAUCCCUAAAUUCCAAGAAUAAAAAUAAUCAAUAAUCAACUCUUGGUGAUUGCAAGGAAAGAGAUCAUCUUUGUCCUUUACUCUCCUGUCAUCAUUUAACAACUAAGUUUCCUGUUCUUAUUUCUAUUUUAUAGUGUUGUCAUGCAGCUGUUGGUCUUUGUAAGCAACUUGAAAGAAGUAAUCCAAAGGUAGAGAAAUGUGAACCGAAGAAUAGUUUAGUUUAUUGUUUUAUGCAAUCUGAUGUAUAAGCUCACUAAGCGACCACUAACAGCUUCUGUUUCUUUCUAUUUAAAAGCUUUUACAUCAGUGGGAGUCAACAGCAUGUGCUAAAGUAGUGGUUAAAGCCCCAGAUGAAGCAUCUCUGUAAGUAACAAAAAGUAGAAAUGGUCUAGAUCUGUAUGUAUUUUUAUACCCCAACCCCCACCUAACUAUAAUUCACUAGAAGCAGUGGUUAUGUCAUUUUAAGACACACCCAAUGUCAUUUUUAAUCCAAAUCAGAAAAUGGAGACAAACUUGAGUUCAACUUAUUUCCGAAAUACAUUAAUUCAGGGUUCGUACAUGUCUUUAAAACCCUUGAAUACCCUUGAAUUUCAGAAGUCCGAUUUUAAGGCCUUGAAAGUACUUGAAAUUGAUUUUUGGUCUUUGAAAGUCCUUGAUUUUUUAUUGAAGAAGAUCAAAAAAUAUUAAUGCUUUAAGGUUUUAAAGUAUAUGCCCAAAACAUAGGUUUAAACACAAAUAUUUUGCUUGGUUUGUGGUAAAUUCUUACUAAAAAAAGUCCUUGAAUUUUUGCCCUGAAAACUUGUAGGAACCCUGUUAAUUGCAUAGUCACGAGAUUGUUGUUUUUUGUUCAUUGUAGGGUUGAACUUGCCAGGAAAGGCCGAUCUAUAGGCUUGGAGGUGUGCCUCAUAAGAGAUGCAGGAAGGACACAAAUAGCACCUGGAUCAAAGACUGUGCUUGGUGUAGGACCUGGUAAUUAUUUAAUUUCAUUUAAUGGACUUUUUGAUCACUACCUCUAACCUUUCGUUAUCUAUUACAGAGCAGGGCUAACUUGAACAUCCAGUCACCAACUUUAGAAGUGCUCUAACUAAAGUUGUCUGUUCAUUUUUUUACAUACAGGUCCUGUUGAUAAGGUGGAUCAGGUAACAGGUCACCUAAAACUCUAUUAACAACCACUGAUAUUGAACCUUAGCCAUGUUUCAUACCCAGCAAAUCUUAGUAUUGAAUUCUCUGUCGAUAGAGAGAUUUGGAAUCUCAUUUACAGCAAAUGGCAUCAACAUCAGACCCAAUUUGACAAUUUAUCAAAUUGGGAAGUGAGAAGAUAAAAAUUGUCCGAAAAAGUUUUUAAUUAAGGAUAAAGUGGCAUAAAACAACUUAUUUUUAUGCAAAAAUAAUGACCAGGAAAGAGAAUUAUU